AUGCAUUGCAAAAAUCAAACAAGUCGUCGUGAAAAGAUCCUCUAUCUUCUUUUUCAUCGGGUAAUUCCUUCGACAUCAAACGCAACGAAUCUUGAUUUAGUCAUCAAACUGAGAGCAGUGAAACUGACAUCAGACAAUCCUGGUCUCCUAUUUCACCAACAAGCCCACAUCAACGAGGCCUUGAACGCCAUGAAAAACAUGCCUAUCCCAUUUCUAAAUGGUUCUGGAGUUGUCAUGAUUCGUGUCAGCGUCUUCAUCUCCAGACAGGAUUGUCUAGAGUUCGAAACCCGCCGGGAAUGCCGAGGGUCGCUAGUUAAAUAG